GAUUCCAGUCCUCCACUUUUCAUAGCCGUGACUGCAGAUUUCUCCAUAUCCAAUUCCUUAACAAUUCCAAAUCCUCUUCCAGCAGAUCGCAGAAGCAAGCUUAGCAAUGCCGAAUGCCUGGAAGAAGGAGAAGGCAUCCCCUCUUCCCCUCUCCUUUCGAGGUAUCUUCCUACUCCUCGUCCUUCUCUUCUUCCUUCUCAUCCUCAUCUUUUUCCGACCACUCUUCUCCCAAAACCCUAACCGUAACCCCAUCUCCCUUCACUUCCAAAUCCCAACCCUAAACCUUCCCCAUGGCCUCCCUCUUCUCCCCUUCGACUGUGCGGCCUCUCCCCAAGCCUCCCCUGUCUUCGCUGCACGCGUUGAGGGUCUUCAUUACCCUUUCCUCUACUCCCUCGCCGAUUUCGGAUCUCUCCCCGAAAAACCCCACAAAAACAUUGUUCGUAUGAUGAAAGGCAAGCCUUUUCGCCGCCCGGAGAUCUCCUCUACUAUCCAGGAGUUCCUCCAUGGGUCUAAGCCCACCGAUGGGAUUGUAAUUGAUGUUGGAGCUAACGUCGGGAUGGCGACAUUUGCCGCCGCCGCCAUGGGAUUUAGGGUGGUGGCGUUUGAGCCGGUUUUUGAGAACCUGCAGCGGAUCUGCGAUGGGGUAUUUUUGAAUAGAGUUUGGGAUCGGGUGGUGAUCUUUGAGGCAGCUGCUUCAGAUCGACUCGGGAACAUCACGUUGCAUAAGCUGGUUGGCCGCCUAGACAACAGCGCCAUAUCUGCAACUGGUGCUAAAUUAGCCUUCAAGUCCAACAAAGAAAUUGCUAUAGAAGUCAAGACGAUUCCAUUAGAUUUAGUUAUUCCUGAUAAUGAGAAAGUUCUACUGAUCAAAAUUGAUGUUCAAGGCUGGGAGCUCCAUGUACUUGAAGGAGCUAUCAAGUUACUAUCAAGAACAAAAGGAGAAGCUCCAUAUCUCAUAUAUGAGGAAGAUGAGCGGUUGCUAGCGGCAAGUAACAGCAGCCGAAAGGAGAUAAGGGAAUUCCUUCGUUCUGUGGGCUAUGAUCACUGUACACAGCAUGGAACAGAUGCUCAUUGCACCAAAAACUAGGAUUAAAAUCCAAAGGCUGCGUUGUGGAUGCUGCGAAUAUGAAUGGGAGGAAAUGAAAUAAAGAUUGUAGAUUUAUUAUCAAUCAACAAAAUAUUAUUGAAGUUUUAUUUCAUUUCCUUCACCUUUCCUCAAUCCAACCAAAGCUGUGCUGAUUACAAGUUUUUCUGAAGUUUCUUGGUAUGGCUGCAGUUGCUGGUGAUGUUAAUAGAAGCUUCGUUUGGGACGGUUUUCUUACUGCUUCAUAAAGAAACUUUGUAGUACAAAAACUUUAAUUUUUUAUUAAAAAAUAGUUUUAAGAAGCAGUAAGAAAGCCGUCGCAAACGAAGCCAGAAUGGCGCCUGUAUUUAUAUGAUGAUAAUAGUAGGCAACAUAUCUGCAACUGUUAGAGGUUUUGUGUAACAUUGAAUAGCAACGAGCAAUCAACUUGAUUUUGGAUGACAAAAUCCAUCAAAUGUUGAGCAGUGGCAUUCAUUGUAUAGUUUAUGUGAUUAUUGUCUUUGUUUUCUUUCA